CCGCAGCUGCAGCUGCUGCAGAGAUGGCGGAGGAGGAGGACGGGGAGCUGCCGGGGGCCAGACCGGCGUUGGGGCCUCGUACAGUCCGCCUUCUCAAGUCUGACAGCGGCUACGGCUUCAACGUGCGGGGCCAAGUGAGCGAAGGCGGCCAGCUCCGUAGCAUUAACGGCGAGCUGUACGCGCCGUUGCAACACGUCAGCGCCGUGUUACCGGGAGGCGCGGCGGAGCGGGCCGGCGUGCAGCGGGGAGACCGCAUUCUGGCCGUCAACGCAGUAAACGUGGAAGGGGCGACACAUAAGCAAGUGGUGGACCUGAUACGUGCCGGAGACAAGGAAUUGCUGCUCACCGUCCUCUCCGUGCCUCUUCAUGAAGUGGAAAGUCUGGAUCCCAGCGAUGACUCCUUGAGCCAAUCCUUCUACGACUACACUGAGAAGCAGGCCAUCCCCAUCUCCAUUCCCAGCUAUAGCCACGUGGAGCAAAAUGGAGAGAAAUUUGUCGUUUACAACAUUUGCAUGGCUGGCCGACAGCUGUGCUCUAGGCGGUACCGUGAGUUCGCCAUCCUGCACCACAACCUCAAGCGGGAGUUCCCUGACUUCGGCUUCCCUCGGCCACCGGGCAAGUGGCCCUUUUCCUUGUCUGAGCAGCAGCUGGACGUGCGUCGGCGUGGCCUUGAGGAGUACCUGGAGAAAGUGUGUUCUGUACGGGUUAUCGCCGAGAGUGAUGUGGUGCAGGAGUUCCUCUCAGAGUCCGAUGAGAACUACAAUGGGGUCUCAGAUGUGGAGUUGAGGAUCGCUUUUCCUGAUAAGACCACGGUGACGGUGAAGGUGAAGAAGAACAGCACCACUGACCAGGUGUACCAGGCUGUUGCAUCUCAGAUUGGCAUGGACGGUGUCACAGCAAACUACUUUGCUUUGUUUGAAGUGGUAAAUCACUCAUUUGCACGGAAGCUGGCACCCAAUGAGUUCCCCCACAAGCUGUAUGUCCAGAAUUACACAUCGGCCAUGCCUGGCACCUGCCUCACCGUCAGAAAGUGGCUCUUUACCAUUGAGGAGGAGGCCCUUCUCAACGACAGUGCUCUGGCCGUCAUUUACUUCUUCCACCAGGCCGUUGAAGACGUGAAGCAGGGCUCUGUCAAGCUGGGUGAGAAGACGUACCAAUUGCAGAGACUGGCUGAGCAGCGUAAGAUGGUCAUGUACCUGAAUGUGGUCCGCAGCUGUGAGGGCUACAAUGAGAUUAUCUUCCCACACUGCGCCUGUGAUUCCCGACGGAAAGGCCACGUGAUCACUGCCAUCAGCAUCAAGCACUUUAAGCUGUAUGCCUGUACGGAAGCCGGGGAGCUGGAGAAUCAGGUCAUCAUCUUUGAAUGGGGAGAGAUGCAGCGAUGGGACACGGAUGAGGAGGGCAUGGCAUUCUGCUUCGAGUAUGCCCGAGGCGAGAAGAAGCCAAGAUGGGUGAAGAUCUUCACACCCUAUUUUAAUUAUGUGCACGAGUGCUUCGAGCGGGUCUUCUGCGAGCUGAAGUGGCACAAAGAGGUUGAAAAUGAGGCUUCUGAUAAGGACAACAAGAACUGUAAUGAGGACAACGUGUGCAGCAAGAACAUCUUCCAGAUCCUGCGUUCCCAGCGUAGGUCGGCCAGCUCUUAGCUGUCUGUUGGCUGUUGAUGGCCAUGUGUGCUGGCCAGGAGUGACAGAGGACAGGCAGAUGAAGUAACCCAAAGCUGCUGCUGUCCUGGGCUUGUGAACCCAUCUGUUGAGACCUAUAGGGUCACGCCCCAAAUCCUCUUUAAUCUGUCAGAGGGAGACGUAACCAAGGAGGAAGUAUGCUCUGGUGGGUGUGGUGGGGAGCUGCUGGCCAAGGUACCUCUGUUCAUGGGGUGGGUACACUUCCCCAGGUCCAGUCUGUGCCUCCCGACUCUAAUAUGCCACCGUGGCAGAUUUCUCUUUCCCAGGAUGUACAAAUAUCCUCACACUUAGCAUUCCCCCACUGGCUCACUCUCCAACCCUCUGCACUUGCCCUCGAUUGUGGGGUAGGAGAGAUGGCAGAGGUUCGGGAAGGUGGUGUGAGGUUGUUCGUUGCCAACGAAGGAAGAGGAAGAGGCAAGGUACAUUCUCCUCAUCACCUCUCCCUACUUCUUUCAGCGACACCUCCACUGAAUGACACCCUAACCUUGUGAGAGGCAGUCCACAUUUCCUGCCAUCCAUCCCGUUAGUGGGUGGAGUAUCUCAGCUGUCUAUUCCCUCUAAGCAUUCCCAAGUGGUCUGAUCCUCCACUCUGGCUCUGUACAAGCCAAUGGAAAGACUGACUGGGUAGCCAUAGCUGCUUUUUGAGGAGUUAAUUUGGCACUUGACUGCCUCUGCCACAAGAUCCUACCUGGCAUUGAGUUCUGUCCUGUCCACUGGCCCCUUAAUGUGCUGCCUCUUCACAGCCCCUGCAGUGACACUGUGUGGGCGAGUGCGUUUCCUGGCCUGGGUACAGUGAUGGGUGAUAGCCUCACCAGUGAAACAUUCACAGGGUCACUGGGUCCUGAGCAGUGAACUCUUCAUUACAGAAUGAUCCAGUGCAGAACCAGGCCCAGUAAGUUCACCAUCCACUUAUGCCAUUCCCACUUCCCUCUCUCCACAUUCUCACCAAUUCCCUCCCAGAUUCUACGCCUCACCCAAAUACCGAGGAAGACGAUUCACAGCGGCAGAUUAAACCACUGACCCUGCGUGUCAUUGGGAUGCGGGAUAGAAUCGGAGCCAGGGGGGAAACCCAUGAGGUCACUGGAAGAAUGUGAAGACUCCACACAGACCACCAGAGAUUGGAAUCGAAUCAAAUCCAGGUGUCAGUCACGCUCCAGGGUCUCAUGCUAGGGAUUGGGAGUUGUCACUGCCCAGCAUUACAGCACUGUACCCCAGCCAGCGUUUACACAGUCACUCAUCCAUUUUGUCCUAAUUAUUCCAUCAGGAGUUGUGACUGAGCGUGGAUCGUCGAUAUCAUAGUCAGUUAUACUGCAUGGAUGCAGGCCCUUUGGCCCCAUUCGCCUGUGCUGACCUAGCAGUAUAAACCUUCAGUUGUGUUCAAAACCCCUUUCUAACAACACUAAUACCUUCAUCUGUAAAAAGAAAAUUACCAAAAAUGAGGUUCAUUGUAAUUAAACUGUAACAUAUUUUAAAUAAAUCUGAUUUUUCGGUGCGGUUCUGAAAGUUAGUAUUGUUUUCUCAUUGGUUCCUGAAUUGUAGGAGGCUGAAUGGUGACCUUAAAAGAUACACUGAUACGAAGGGUUUAUGGGAUCCUGAGCCAAUUGUAGGCAUAUCGGACAAGCUCAUGUCGGCACUUUGGUUGGCAUGGACGAGUUAGGCUGAAGGGCUUGUUUCAGUGUCUCUGGAAACACCUUUCCAACCACCCUACCAGCUGUGGUGUCAGGGAGCUUUAUAUUAGACAGCAUGGAAUUACUGAGCAGAGAUAUUCCAGAAGAUUUCUUCAGCUUGGCCAGGGUCCCAAGAGGGUAUUGUCAUUCACAGCUUCUCCAGGCCAGUGUCCUGCAUUCAGCAAGAGACCCUUCAUCAAGAUUGUCUGUCAUUGGCUAUCUGCACUGGCAGGGCAAGGCCAAACCCCAACUGCAACAACAACAUUGUGUACAGAAAUUUGGUCACCCUUUUACAUAAGAUAUUUAGGAGGAUUCUGCGUGAGUUCUUGGGAGACGUUGGCCACACCGCAUCUUUGUUUCUUGAAGCGGAGGAGAAUGGGAGCUGAUGUAAUUUGAAUUUAUAAAAUAAGUAUUGAUAAGAUAAGAUAAGUCUUGUCCCCAGGAUUGAGCAGUCCAAAAUGCGAGGUCAGAUACAAGAGGGGACAAGUUUAAAGGAGACCUGAGGGACGACGUCUUUGCACUUAGGGUAGUGAGUACCUGCAAUGAGCUGCCAGAAGAAAUGGUUGAGGUGGGUACAAUUGCAACAUUUAAGAGGUAUUUGGAGGGAUUAGCAAGGAACUGCGAUUCAAGCUGACAUCCACAUCGGAAACAAGAUCGAACAAGUGUCCUCCUUUAUAUACCUCGGUGCAGAACUAAAUGACACAAACGAAUGCAGCAAGGAAAUAAGGCGAAGGCUAGCAAUGAUAUGCACAAGCGCUACCAAACUCUGGAACAACUGGAAAGACAGAUCUGUGAGCACUGACACCGAGAUGCACCUCCUUAGGAGUCUUGUCUGGCCAGUAGCCCUUAUAUGGCUGUGAAACAUGGACCCUAAAAGCAGCUGCUAAAAAGAAGUUGACAGCAUUUGAGACGUGGACAUACAGACAGAUCUUCAGGGUAUCAUACAUUGAAAGGAGAUCCAAUAAUUUCAUUCUAGAAAUGAUUGGCACGAAACCAAUACUUCUGGAAACCGUUAUCCAAAGGAAACUUGGUUUGGACACAUUUCAAGAACUGAUGACACACUGGAACGCACUGUGCGUGAAGGCGGAGUAGAAGGAAGCCACUCCUGAGGCCGACAGAAGACGACCUGGAUCAACAACAUCAAGAAGUGGACCAGCCUCACUGCCAGAGAUGCAAGAGGUUUGACUGCCGACAGAUCGCAGUAGAAGAAAGUGGUUGCCAAGGCUCUGGCAGUGUAGGGCACAUGAUGCUGAUAGUAAGCAAGGAAGAUCUAUGGUUGGCAUGGACCAGUUGAGCUGAAGGGCUUAUUUCCAGGCAGUACUACUCUGACUCUAACAUCUUGUGUUCCACCUGGGUUGUCCACAGCCUAAUGGCAUGAAAGCUGACCACUCCACUUCCUGUAAUACCAUGGGAUCUCAUCUUGUUAAGCAGCUUCAUGUGUGGCCCCCUGUCAAAGGUCUUCCACUGUUUUGUCUAUCCUGUCAUAUCUUCAAAAAAUUCCAACACAUUUGUCAGGCAAGAUAUCCCCAUAAGGCUUCUGCAUAUUUUUAUCACGUCGCCUCCAAAAGUGAUCCCCACACCAAUUACAUCCCGGCCGGGGCCAUUCCCAGACUAAUCACAUCCCAGCUGGGACCAUCCCCACACCAAUCACAUCCCAGCCGGGGCCAUUCCCAGACUAAUCACAUACCAGCAGGGACCAUCCCCACACCAAGCACAUCCUGGUCGGGACCAUUCCCAGACUAAUCACAUCCCAGUGGGGAUCAUCCCCACACCAAUCACAUCCCAGUCGGGACCAUUCCCAGACUAACCACAUCCCAGCCGGGGCCAUCCCCACACCAAUCACAUCCCGGCCGGGGCUGUUUCCACCACCAAUCAUAUCCUGGCCGGGACCAUCCCCACAUCAAUCACAUCCCGGUCAGGACCAUCCCCACACCAAUCACAGCCCAACUGGGAUCAUCCUUAGACCAAUCACACCUAGGAAGACACCCAUCCUGAACCAAUCACAGCUCAGUUAAGUCCAUGCCCAGACCAGUCCCAGCCAAGCGAGACCCAAUGGCAGCCUGGCCAGCAACCCAACCAGACAACUGGCGACCCCUCCAAGACUAAUUGUAGGUUUGCAAUUCCCCGUCCUAGACCAAAUGGAGUGUGGCCAGCCAUACUCAAACCAUGGCAGCCUGGCAUGCUCUCCCACUGGGCCAACUGCAGCCUGGCACACCCUUCCCACUGGGCCAACUGCAGCCUGGCACUCCCCUCCCGCUGGGCCAACUGCAAUCUGGUACACCCCUCCCGCUGGGCCAACUGCAGUCUGGUAUGGCCCUCCCACUGGGCCAACUGUAGCCUGGCAUGCCCCUCCCACUGGGCCAACUGUAGCCUGGCAUGCCCCUCCCACUGGAGUAAUUGCAGUCUGGCUGGCCCCAACCACGGUCAUGUUCUCCCACACCUCCUAAACAAGCAUAGGACAGCCAUCCCUACAACAUUGCUUGCAGACUGAUCAACACUGGAUCAGGAAUCACAGACUGACCAAACCAAAGUCAUCAGGGACGCAGUGAUGAACAGUGAUUAAAUCCAUUGUACCAGGCUGGCAAUCUGAGUCCAACUCAGUCUGAAUCAGACUUCCAAUCCAAAACCAGUGCAAUCCAGAUUUUAAAUCCCAAAUCUCUAACCCUAGUUUCCGUUAGCAUGCAAAUCAACAGGUGACACAGUUAUACUGCAGGCCCUGAAACCCCAGUGACAACAGUGAGCAGACAACAAUGAAAGCACUUUUUUACCAUGACCAUCUUACGCUGCUCAACCAAUCUCUGCAGUUGGUACGUCUUCUCAAUAGACAAUAGGUGCAGGAGUGGGCCAUUCGGCCCUUCGAGCCAGCACCACCAUUCAAUGUGAUCAUGGCUGAUCACCCACAAUCAGUAUCCCAUUCCUGCCUUCUCCCCAUAUCCCUUGACUCCGCAAUUCUCACCCAGCUUGACAGAGCAACACACACAAAAUGCAGGUGGAACGCAGCAGGUUAGGCAGCAUCUAUAGGAAGACAUUUAGGAAGAUCGCUGUCGACGUUUCGGGCCGUGUCCCUUUGUCAGGACGAACUGAAAGAAAAGAUAGAGAUUUGAAAGUCAUCGGGCUGAAGAAAUUAUAGAUGGGAGCAGCGAGAGAAGGUUUCACUGAACUUUUGUUGAAGAGAAGAUUUAAACUUCAGUGUAGGCAUCACUGGCAGAGGCUUUGAAGUAGUGAAUUUAAAAAGCAAACACGAGGAAAUCUGCAGAUGCUGGAAAUUCAAGCAACACACACAAAAUUCUGGUGGAACGCAGCAGUCCAGUCAACAUCUAUAGGAAGAAGCAUUGUUGAUGUUUCGAGCCAAGACCCUUCGUCAGGACGAAAUGAAAGAAAAGAUAGUGUUACGAAUGAGGAGCAACUCUGAUGGGCAGAAGGAUGCAAAGUCGCCCCCCCCCCACUUUUGGAGAAAUCGCAAAUCGCUACUAUUUCAAGGCUGCUACCAAGGAAAUGAUAGGGACAAAAGGAAAUCUGCCAAGACAGUUGUUAUUGAUAACCAGUUCAUGUCAGUUAAUGAGAGAGAGACAACGCAGAGAUACACAAAGUGGAAUGUCUCCUCCUACCAAAAGUGGAAUGGAACCACUGAUUACUGCUAUUGUCUUUUGGAGAAGGUUUGUGUACUAGGUACUGUUCUAUUCUUUGAAACCCUUCAGGGGGCAACCAGAGUGGGCUGGGUUUGAUGGGUUGCAUCAUCCCAACCUGAUUGACUCCUGAGACCCUGUGAGUGGGGAUAAAGGUAGGGUCUGGGGCAACACCCUUCAGACGCACCAGGAGAGAUGCUACGAGACCGGUGGGGCUUGUGUGUGUGUCCACCCUUGCCUGGGUGACGAGUCCACCAUGGAACGGUCUAGCUAAAGGACGGAGGGGUCAUACAUGAAUGGCCACAACAACAACGCAUUGAUGGAUCAAGAUCGUGAAGGAAAGUCGGCAAGUCAAUAGCUGUUACUUCUCUCCCUCUCUCCUCUCUCCUCUCUCCCCCUCCCCCACCAACAAUUGCAACACAGCAACGAACAAC